UUGUAAGGUGGCUAGGGUUUAUCUCCUCUUCCCCUCUCUGCUCCUCCGUCUUCUUUUCUAUUGUCAAGAGCAAAAGCCCUAGCUUCCAAUUACAAUGGCGCCGGAGAUGGGAGGCGCGAGAAUGAGCCGCAACCCAGAUCUCAUUCGCGGCGUUGGCAAGUACUCCAGAUCCAAGAUGUACCACAAGCGUGGCCUCUGGGCUAUAAAGGCCAAAAACGGCGGCGUUUUCCCCCGCCACGACCCCAGGCCGGCGGUUACCAACCCGUUACCGGCGAAGCCGCCCAAGUUCUACCCAGCUGACGACGUAAAGAAGCCGCUCGUCAACAAGCGCAAGCCCAAGCCCACCAAGCUCAGGUCGAGUAUUACUCCAGGGACGGUGUUGAUAUUGUUGGCUGGGAGGUUCAUGGGGAAGAGAGUUGUUUUUCUCAAACAGCUUUCAUCUGGGUUGCUUCUGGUUACUGGGCCAUUCAAGAUCAAUGGUGUUCCCUUAAGACGGGUGAACCAAUCUUACAUUAUUGCAACUUCCACCAAGGUUGACGUUUCUGGGGUCAAUUUAGAAAAGUUUGAUGAUGAUUACUUCACAAAGGAAGGAGGCAAGAAGAUAAAGAAAGGAGAGGGAGAGUUCUUUGAGGCAGAGAAAGAGGAAAAGAAGGCACUCCCGCAAGAGAAGAAAGAUGGUCAAAAGCUUGUUGAUUCCCCAUUGAUAAAGGCCAUUGAGGGAGUCCCAGACUUGCAGAGCUAUCUGGCUGCAAGAUUUUCUCUCAAGUCAGGCAUGAAGCCUCAUGAGCUAGUGUUUUAGAGGAAAUAUCUCAGUUGAGAAUUGUCUAUUCUGGAGUUUGCUGACUAGAAUAUAAGUUGCCAUAUUUUCAAAUUUUAAUAGAAGAACCAAAAUUUUGUAUUGACAAAUUUUGCAUUAUGUGAGAAAUUGAUUUUGCCA